AUGGCCAAUGACAGCGGCGGGGGCAGCGGGGCCGGCCAGGGCGGCGGGGGUGGCGGCAGCGAGCGGGACCGGCAGUACUGCGAGCUGUGCGGGAAGAUGGAGAACCUGCUGCGGUGCGGCCGCUGCCGCAGCUCUUUCUACUGCAGCAAGGAGCACCAGCGCCAGGACUGGAAGAAGCACAAGCUCAUCUGCCGCAGCGGUGGCGGCGCGGCGGCGGCAGGGGGCGCUGCCGAGCACCACGCCGGGGCCGCCGCGAGAGCAGGCGGCGGCAGGGAGGACGGAGCCGUAGCUAAGAAGGUGCCGCCGGGCGCGGGCCCCGGCGCUGAGGAGGAGGCUGCGGCUGCGGCGCCUCUGACAAACAACCACGUUCCCACGGCCGCUGCUGCGCUGUCGGAGGCGGCGGCCCCCGCCGAAGAGGAGGCUGCGGCGGCGGCAGCUCCGGGCGGGGAGGCGGGGCUCGUCUACCGGGACAAAUCCAACCUAUACCCUGGCGGGGGCCAGGCUGGGGCCGGCGGGGGCGCGCUGCGGCCGAACGGGCAGACCAAGUCGUUGGUGCCGCAGCGGCUGGCGCUGGAGUACAUCGUGCCCUGCAUGAACAAGCACGGCAUCUGCGUGGUGGACGAGUUCCUGGGCAAGGAGGUGGGUGGGCGCAUCGCCCGGGAGGUGCGGGCCCUGCACCACACCGGCCGCUUCACCGACGGGCAGCUGGUCAGCCAGAAGAGCGACUCCUCCAAGGACAUCCGCGGGGACAAGAUCACCUGGGUGGAGGGCAAGGAGCCGGGCUGCCAGACCAUCGGGCUCCUCAUGAACAGCAUGGACGAUCUCAUCCGCCAUUGCAAUGGCAAGCUGGGCAACUACAAAAUCAAUGGCAGGACGAAAGCAAUGGUGGCUUGUUAUCCAGGCAAUGGAACAGGAUAUGUGCGUCAUGUUGAUAAUCCAAAUGGAGACGGAAGAUGUGUCACAUGUAUAUAUUAUCUUAAUAAAGACUGGGAUGCCAAGGUAAGUGGAGGUAUUCUUCGAAUAUUCCCAGAAGGCAAAGCUCAAUUUGCUGAUAUUGAACCCAAAUUUGAUAGACUGCUGUUUUUCUGGUCUGACCGCCGCAACCCUCAUGAAGUGCAGCCAGCAUUUGCUACAAGGUACGCAAUAACAGUGUGGUAUUUUGAUGCAGAUGAAAGAGCACGAGCUAAAGUAAAAUAUCUAACUGGUGAAAAAGGUGUGAGGGUUGAACUCAAUAAACCUUCUGACUCAAUUGGGAAAGACGUUUUAUAAAGGAUUUCAUCUAGCAACUCUCCUUGCUACUUCCCCCAGUAAACUAUUAACUUUUGAAUGUGAAUAAUGGGAUAAAGAAAAAUUGACAAGAAAUCAACGUUUUAAUAAGGAAACAAACACAGCGUUUCAAUGUUGCAUCAAACAGAAGAUUUUGACUGCUGAACCAUUGUGCUAUGUGACUGUGACUCCAGACCUGUGACUGCUUAUGUAAAGAAGAUAAGCAAUCAGUAAGAAAUAGCGUACACAUAUGGACAUGAAAUAAGUGCCCUACAUAGAAUUUUUCCAUUCUUAUAUUUUGCCAGACCUGUCAUCCAAUUCAUCUCUCCCUUUUUUUAUAUGGUAAAAUUUGGAUUUGGGGUAAUUUUUGUAUGACCAGGUACAAUUUAUCAAAAUUGAGUAAAAAAAUACAGUAUUCUCCAAAAUAUCAUUGAUCUAUUUUUGUAAAACUGUUCAUACUGUUCUCUGCCAUGAAAGACCUAAUUUAAUAUAAGAAUUGCCAGUAACUGAUGAUCACUUUAAUUUUCUUUACAUCUAAAGUCAGAAAAGGAGCACUUUAAUUACCAGCUAAAAACCUGAUUGUUUUAUAUUCAUAUCUCACACUAAUUUGAACUUUUAAAGAUUGCUGCUGUAUUGUUUUUGACUAUGUCCUUUUUGAAACUUAACAGAAACAAAUCACUAUCUUACUAUCAGCAACUUCUAAUUCAUGGUGUUGUAUGUUGAAUCCACAGAGGGUAAGGAUAUUAA